AACGAACCACAACUGUGACUAAAACAUGGCCUCCAACCAGCAGCAGCAGAAGAAGAAAGAGCUUCAUAUAGUUGUGUUUCCAUGGCUUGCUUUUGGGCACAUGACCCCAUUCCUGGAGCUCUCCAAGUCCAUAGCAGCAAAGGGUCACAAAAUCUCCUUCAUUUCCACUCCUCGAAACAUAGAUCGCCUUCCUCUCCCCCCACCCGACCUCGCAUCCUCCAUAACCAUGGUCAAGAUCCCGCUCCCUCGCGUCGAUGGGCUGUCGUCGGCGAACGCGGAGGCCACAAUGGACAUUCAACAGGAGGAGAUGCCUUACCUCAAAGAAGCCAUGGAUGGCAUGGAAAUAGAGGUGACUCGUUUCUUGGAGAGAACAUCCCCUGAUUGGAUCAUCUUCGAUGUCGCCCAGUACUGGCUCCCGCCUGUUGCUGCCAGGCUCGGGAUUUCUCGGUGUUUCUUCAUCACCACUAGCCCCUGGUUCACGGCUUUCUUCUCCGACGAAUUCAUGAUGAGUAUGUCCUCACCGCCGAAGAUAG